UGCGGCUGGCGCAGGCGGGAGGGCCCAGGUGAGGGGCGCGCGUUGCCCGGCGACGGGCGGGGGCGCCGCGCGGCCUAGCCCGGCCGAGCCCUCCCUUCCUCCCGCAGCCCCGCCGAGCCCCUUCCGGCCCCGCCGAGCCCCGCCGAGCGCCGCUGCCGACAUGGCCAGCUCCCCCGUCUCCCGGGUGGUGUACAACGGAAAGCGGAGCGGCGGCCCGCGCUCCCCCGGCGCCGGCAGCGAGAUCUUCACGCCGGCCCACGAGGAGAACGUGCGCUUCAUCUACGAGGCCUGGCAGUGCGUGGAGCGCGACCUGCGCAGCCAGAUGGGCUCCGAGCGCGGCCUGGUCGAGGAAUACGUGGAGAAGAUGCCGAACCCCAGCCUGAAAGCGUUUAAACCCGUCGACCUGGGUGAUCUGAAGAGGAGGAACACACAGGAUGCAAAGAAGUCCUAAAGUGGAUCCUCCCUGCGGGUCGGCUGCUCUCCUGAGAUAUGCAGCCCUCGGAAGAGACCCGGCCCCUCCGCUCGCCCUGGGUGGCCGCAGUGGUGGAACCACGCCAGGGGUUCUUCCUUUAGCCACUCGCUCCUGGCACUGCAUGGAUGGUUUCUGUGUCCCUGCUUGAGCCAGAGAGAGUGGCUGUGUCAGCUUUGCCCACCCGAGCUGCUGGGCUGCCCCGUGGGAGGGCUGGCAGCCCCCUGCCCGCCUGUGCUCCGAGCUGGCGGGGAUGGGGCUGCCAGGCCUGUGCAGUGCCAGUGGCUGUGGGGAGGGCUGCAGGGACUUGGGGCUGCCAAUACCUUUCCUUUGUUGAGUCCUUGAGUUGUACUGUACCCUUUCCUUUCUGUGGUAUGUCACUUGAGGAGUGUUGUAAAUAAACGCUGGUGUCCUUUUGGGGCUGCCUUGGUGUGGUGCUGCAGCCUGGCCCAGCUCUGGGGCGUGGACGAGGGGCAAGAGCAGGAGCUGUGUUUGUUUUUGCACUUGCUGGGCUGUUGGUUUCCCUGCAGGCAGGUGCAGCAUGUCGGUGGCACAGUGCCCUUGGGCUCUGGCAGCCAGCAUCCCGGGAGCUGUGGCUGCACCCAGGAUUUAAAUGUUGAGACUAUUAAUACCCUCGUAUCCUCUUCCCUCUCCUGCUUUAAUGGCAUUUAGGCUAUACUUAGCAUUGCUAGAAUUUCUGCUUGAGUGCAUCUUUACACUUGCCACGACCCUGUUUACCUCCCAUCACCAAAACAUUCCUGCUGCUUGGUUCUGGCACAGCAAGAUGGGAACUCAGCCCCUAUUGCCUCCUGAGCCACCCCAGGCCCUGCAUCCCUGCAGCUGCAGGCAGUGGGGGACAGGAGUGAUGGUUGUCACUGUCACAGCCCCUCUCCUUUCACUCUUCUGUUGGGAUGGGCCCUGUGGUGUGUUCAGGGAGCCUGACAGGCCAGUGGGCUGCCCUGGCUCAAAGCCCUUAGCAUGUCCAGGGCGUGUCCUGUGUCCAGGCAGACCUGUUCAGCUGCCAUGGAGCCCAGCACUGCCCCCUGUUUGGGCACCCAUCUGGGGGCAUCCCAGGUCUGCAGGACCCCCACACGCCCUGGGCAUGAGGGCCCUGCUGCAGCACCCCCACUUCUGCCUUGUUUUCCUCUGCUCGGGCACAGUAAAGCCAGAGGCAAAGCAGCUGCUCAAGCUCUAAUGAAAUGUACAAAAAAUAUUCUAUAAACAGGUGAUUUUUAUAAAGACUGAUGCCAAAUU